AUAUGAGGUUAAUAUGGUCUCUAACAAGAAAACCCAUAAAAUCCUUUUUUAGGAAACAAAUCAUUAAAGUUUAUCCUUCUUCCCCAAGAAUUCUUCAUUUUCCCCAUUCUCUAAUUCUAAAAACCCACAAAAAUUCUCUCCUCAUUUCUAGGGUUUGUGAGAAUUGUUGUCUGAAAUCAUCAAUUAAGUUGAUAUUGCAAUGGAGAUUGAAGGUGAAGAAGAAAAUUUUGUGCUAUUAUCGAAGAUUAGAACAGGGCUUAAGAGAGAGUUUCAGUUUGCUUUGAAAUCCCAAAACGAAGUCGCUGGUUUACUCACUCGUACCCGAAUUCGAAAGAGUCCAAUCACUGAGUUGAACGAGUUUUCGGCAAUGAAAAAGAUGAGAAAGAGUAAUCAAGUUUUUAUGUCUCCUCAUCAAUUAGUGGAGAGUGAGGAUGAACAGAAGAGUGAUAUUGUGGAUUUGACAAUUGAUGAGGAGAGUAAUCGUCAACACACUGUGGAAAGUCAAAGGAAAGAGAAUGAUAAUGUGGGUGGAAAUGAAGAUGACCCUAUUGUUGUUGAAGAUGAUGUGAAGAAAGUUCCUACUAGAUUGAAGGAGCUUCUAGAAACUGGGUUUUUGGAGGGAGUUUCGGUUAGGUAUAUUCGCGGAUGUAAGAAAGUGCCAACAGAUAAAGGGCUUGCUGGAAUAAUAAGAGGGUGUGGAGUACUGUGUUUCUGUGACGAAUGCAAGGGUGAUCAAGUUGUGACACCUAAUCAGUUUGAAUUGCAUGCGGGUAGUUCGAAUAAACGUCCAGCAGAUUACAUAUAUUUGGAGAACGGAAGGACCCUUCGGGAUGUUAUUUCUGCUUGCAAGAAUUCCAAUCUUAAGUGUUUAGAGUUCAUAAUUUUAAAUGCCAUUGGCUCUCCAAAUGAGAAGGAAUCCUCAUUUUGUGUUGAAUGCAAAGAGCCUACAUCUGAUGCUAGUAUUGGGAGGAAGACACAGGUUUUCUGUUCAUGCUCGGAAUUGGAAGCCUCUCAUACACCCCCAUUUCGAAGGACUGAGAAUUGUGAAAGAUCCAGUGAUCUUGUUUCUUUAGGAAAAUCGUACGCAAAUUCUUCAAAAAGUUGCUUGCAAUCUGCCAAAAGUCAGGGCAAGGUUACACUUAAGGACCUGCGGUUGCAUAAAUUGGUUUUUCAGGAUGAUAUUCUGCCUGAUGGUACAGAGUUGGGAUACUAUGGUCAUGGAAAGAAGCUUUUGUCUGGCUACAAGCAGGGUUCUGGAAUUUACUGUUACUGCUGCAAGUCAGAGGUCAGCCCCUCUCAAUUUGAGGCACAUGCUGGUUUUCCAUUCCGCAGGAAGCCUUACGACAAUAUAUACACUUCCAAUGGUGUAUCUCUGCAUGAACUGUCACUCACUAUAUCAAGAACAAGCCAGUUCUCUACAGAUGAGAAUGACGAUCUGUGCAGUGUUUGCCAUGAUCCUGGGGAUCUUUUAUGCUGUGAUGGCUGUCCAAGAUCUUUUCAUUUAGAAUGCAUCUCAAUAUCGGAGAUUCCUCCAAAUAAAUGGUAUUGCAAGUACUGUGAGGAUAAUUUUCAGAGGGAAAAGUUUGCUGAGCGCAAUCCUAAUGCAAUAGCUGCAGGCCGAGUUCCAGGAGUUGAUUCGAUAGAACAGAUAACCAAUCGGUGUAUUCGAAUCGUUAAAAUCUCUGAUACUCAAGAUGUUGGUGGGUGUGCUAUCUGCAGAGUCCAAGAUUAUUGCAAAUCUGGAUUUGGACCUCGCACAGUCAUUAUAUGUGAUCAGUGUGAAAAAGAGUAUCAUGUAGGGUGUAUGAGGGAGCAAAAGAUGCAAAAUUUAAAGGAGUUGCCAGUAGGGGAUUGGUUUUGUUGCUCAGCUUGUGAAAGGAUCAAUUAUUCUCUUAAAGAGUUGAUGAAAGAGGGGGAGAAAACGUUGCCAGAUUAUCUCAUUGAUAGAUUAAAGAAAAAGCUCAUAGAAAAAGGUUCAAGUGGAGUCCAUCUUGAUGUAAGAUGGAGGGUUUUGAAUGGUAAGAAGUCUUAUGUUGAUGAGAUACGAGCACAACUUGCAAAGGCUGUUUCUGUAUUCCAUGAGCAAUUCGACCCAAUCUGCUAUGGUGAAUUAAAGCAAGAUCUUAUCCCACACAUGGUAUAUGGGAGAAAUCUGAAGGAUAAAGAGUUGAGAGGCAUGUGUUGUGCAGUGAUUAGUGUGGACUCCAAAAUUGUCUCGUCUGCUGUUUUUCGUGUAUUUGGAAAGGAGGUUGUUGAAGUUCCUUUGGUCGCAACAAGUAAAAAUAGUGAAGGAAAGGGCUAUUUCCAAUGUCUAUAUUCUUGUAUGGAGACAUUGUUCGAAGAGCUGGGUGUAAAGAAAAUUCUACUGCCAGCUGCUGAGGAGACGACAUCGCUGUGGAUGAACAAAUUUGGUUUCAAUGAGAUACCAAAAGUGGAGUUUGCUGAUUUGAGUAAGCGUUACACUGUGAUGAAUUUUGACGGAACAUCUAUGCUGCAUAAGCUGGUCCCUAGUUCUCAAACUUGAUCUUUCGAGAAAGGCUGCUCGAGGAUCAAAAUCGAACUUUUGGUGGAUAUUUUUGUAUACAUUGUAUAGUUUUGACUUUGCACAGGCAAAUUAGACCCCAAGAAUUGGGAAGAUUGAAACUACAAUCAGUUAGAACAGUAGAACCGAAAUAUAUGCACUAGCAAGUAGCAACUAGCUAGUUUCAGAAAGAUAUAGGAUUACAUUUUUUCCGCGGCGAAGCUCCUAAAGGCGUUUUCGUGUAAAACUUGCAGCAACUUUUGAAAGGCAGUUUUGCAAACUGCCACAUAUAUUUGUACAUAGUAGAUUUUUAGUUUCUUUUGAUAGUAAACUUUUGUGAUGGCUUCCUUGUCAACUGGA